AUGGGACCUUUAGAGAAACCACUCUGCCUUUUUUCCUUAGUCCUAUUUGUUACACUCUUUUCUUCAACCAUCAAUGUUGCUUCUGCUUCUGAUGAAGAAGCUAAUGCUCUCCUCACAUGCAAAGCCAACCUGCAAAGUGCAAAUGAUUCCUUGCUAACUUCAUGGAUCCUUCCACCCCAUGAUAGUGGCUCAACAAAUGCCAGUCCCUGCAAUUGGUUUGGAGUUUCUUGCAACCUUGAUGGAACCGUCAUUAGAUUGAACGUCACAAAUUCAAGUGUAAAUGGUAUGCUCGACAACUUUUCAUUUUCAUUGUCUCCCAAUCUUGCAUAUAUCGAGCUUAGCAUCAAUAAAUUCUUUGGUGUCAACCCACCUCUAAUUUGUUCCCUCUCCAAACUCAUCUAUGUUGAUUUGUCCACCAACCAGUUGUCAGGAAACAUCCCACUAGAAAUCGGCUUGCUAAUAAAUCUUGAAACUCUCCACUUGUUCGAUAAUCAGUUAAAUGGCUCAAUUCCUCAAAAGAUAGACCAGUUAAAGUCUCUAAUUGAGCUUGCUUUGUACACCAAGAGUCUUUCCGGUCCCAUGCAUACUUUAACCAAUUUGGGAAACUUGACUCGUCUAUAUCUCUAUGGAAAUGAUCUUUCUGGUUUCAUUCCUCCCGAAAUGGGAAACCUAGUCAAUCUUGUUGAGCUCUACAUGGAUGGAAACAAUCUCACAGGUUCUAUUCCUUUUACAUUGGGAAACUUGAAUAACCUAACUGUGUUGCACUUGUUCAACAAUUCCCUAUCCGGUUCCAUUCCCCAAGAGAUAGGACAGUUGAAAUCACUACAAAGCCUAACCUUUCAAACCAACAAUCUUACUGGCUCAAUCCCAACAUCUUUAGAAUUGAGUUCGAAUCCACUUAGUGGUCCCAUUCCAGCUUCUUUAGGUGAUUUGACCAAUUUAGAAAUUCUAAACCUCCACGCCAACCGACUAUCCAGCCACAUUCCACAGGAAUUUGACAAUUUGAAAAAAUUGGUUGAGCUGGUAUUGGAUGAAAAUCAAUUUUUUGGCAAUCUCUCAGAGCUUUGCCAAGGUGUUAAACUUCAUUACUUCACAGUGCACCACAAUCAGCUCACAUGUACAACCCCUAAAUGUCUGAGAAACUGCUCAAGCUUAGCCACAGCUCGCUUUGAGGGAAACCAACUCAUUGGAAAUAUAUUUGAAGAUUUUGGCACUAAUCCAAACCUGGUUUACCUAGAUCUAAGUAACAAUAAUUUUUAUGGCAAAUUCUCAGAAAAUUGGGGAAUAUUCCCAAAUUUAACACUUCGAAUAAAAGUAAGAAAUAACAUCACUCGUAGCAUUCCACCAGGGUUUGGAAAGUCAACACAGCUAGAACGACUAGAUUUAUCUUCAAAUCGUUUAGUUGGGGAGAUCCCAAAGAAAUUUGGAAAGUUGACUUCUUUGGAGUGGCUAAUUUUGGCUAAUACGCUUUCAGUUUAUGAGUACCUUAAAAGAGGUAGUUUGGCUGUAAUUUUCAACAAAGAUGAAGAAGCUAAAGAAUUGGAUUGGCCUAAGAGGGUGAAUAUUAUUAAGGGUGUGGCAAGUGCUUUGUCAUACAUGCACCAAGAUUGCACACUGGCCAUUGUUCACCGGGACAUUUCUAGCAACAAUGUCGUGAUUGAUGAGGAGUACGAGGCUUGUGUUUCAGACUUUGGCAUUGCCAAGCUUUUGAAGCUAGAUUCCUCCAACUGGAGUGCAUUUGCAGGCACAUAUGGAUAUGUUGCACCAGAGCUUGCUUACACAAUGAAGGUAACUGAAAAGUGUGACAUUUAUAGCUUUGGUGUGUUGGCACUGGAAGUGAUCAAAGGAAAGCAUCCGGGAGACUUCAUCACCUCCCUAUUGACCGCAGCUGUUGAGAACAUAAAGCUAAAGGUUGUGUUGGACCAACGCCUUUCACCUCCCUCCCCUGAAGUUGAAGAGAUUGUGAAUCUAAAUCUCAGUUUUAGUAGAUGA